AUGCCGCACGAGCUCGUGUUGGAGAUCCUGGCCCACCUGCCCGUGCAGUCGCUGCUGCGGCUCAGCCGCGUGUGCAGGGCGUGGCGCGCCACCAUCUCCAGCGACGCGUCCUUCCACCGCGUGCACCAGCGCCUCCAGAAGCGAUGCAAGCUCGUCUCCCCGCGCUGGCGAUUUGGGCCCGAACCCUACCUCUGUUGCCCAAAAACCGUUGGCUUGUACAGGCGGGAGCCUGGUCAGGAGGACGACUACACGCCCCUCGUCGUCUAUGGCUCUAUGCCACAAUACUGUCCCCGUCUGACACGAACCGACCCGAACGGUUCGGGGGAACCGAACGCCCAGCCCUACUUCUACCGCUCCGCGGUGUCAGGGGGCAGCUAUACUACUGGGAUGGAGGUGUUCACCGUUGGAGUAGACUGGUAUUGGCGUGAGAUGGCGGCGCAACUGCAGUACCCUAUCGUGCCACAAUGGACGGCUGCCUUCUUCAAAGGAUUCUUGCUCUGGACAAUAUCAGAUGAAAUCUUCAAGGAUGUCGCGCCAUGUUUCCUUCGCUUCGGCUUGGAGGAUGAGGAAUUCGUGGUCACGCCGCUGCCUCCUUAUCACCCAACGUCUCAUAAAACCAUGACUAGUUUUGUUGAACUGCGCGGGGAUCUAGUCGUAGCUUGUGUUGGUGCCACGGUCGAGAUGUGGAUGUGCGACGACAUCAACAAUCCGAGAUGGGAUCUGCGCUACAAAGUCAAUGCCAUGGCGCGUGGUCUAGCGUCUCUAUCUCCCAUUGCAGUGUUUGAUGGUGACAUCGUGUUCAAAGAUGAGGUGUUGUGUUGUCUCAUUAGCUAUGAUCUCCAAACCAAAGCUGCCAACGACGUUGUUCGCAUGAAGGAGUUGAGGUAUCAUAAUCCAAACACAGGCACGGUUGUCCUUUGA